AUGGACACACCGCCAGCCACACCAGAGUCAGUCACACCACCGGCUCUUCCAUGCGGCCAACGUCUUAUUGUCGUUUCCAACCGGCUUCCAGUCACUCUCAAGCAGAACUGUGAAGGAAUAUAUGACUUCAAAGAAUCUUCAGGUGGGCUUGCUUCAGGGAUGAGUGGCGUCAAGCGCCAUGUUGAGAUGCUGUGGUACGGCUGGCCUGGGAUGGAGCUUCCCCAGUGCGAGGAAGGAGACGUUGCUCGAACCCUCAGAGAAAAACACAGUGCAGUGCCUGUGCCUGUGGCUGAUGACAUCGCCGAGCUAUACUACAACGGGUUUUCAAAUUCUACCUUGUGGCCGUUAUUACACUAUCAACCAAACGCCGUCCGGUUCCAUCGGAACGAGUGGCAGGCUUAUCGCAAAGUCAAUCGGUGCUUUGCCGAUAAGCUAGUCGAAGACGUCGACGAUGGAGAUAUUGUCUGGGUCCACGACUACCAUCUCAUGCUCUUGCCGACAAUGCUCUCCGACGCAGCACACAAGAAGGGUAAGCACGUCAUCAUUGGCUUCUUCUUGCAUACACCCUUUCCAACGGGCGACAUGUUCAAGGUCCUGCCUCAUUGGGAGGAACUCAUCGAAGGACUUCUGCGGUGUAGCCUGAUCGGCUUCCACACUCAGACAUAUGCGCAAAAUUUCAAAAGGAUGUGCGGCGACUAUCUUGGCUUUAAGCAGUUCCCGGCAGGGAUUGAGAGAAGCGGCAACUUCAUCAGAUUAGGCGUCUAUCCAAUCGGCAUUGACGUUCCGAAAUUUGUCAACCAUAUGCAGAAACCCGAAAUGGAAGAUCGAAUCCAACACUUCCGAAGCCAGUACAAAGCCUCGAAACUCAUCAUUGGCGUGGAUCGCCUUGAUUACAUCAAAGGUAUCCCGCAGAAACUGAACGCCAUGGAGCUUUUCCUUGACAGACACCCGGAAUCAGUGGGCAAAGUAACAAUGAUUCAAGUUGCGGUCCCCAGCCGAGAAAAUGUCAAAGAUUACAAGGAUCUAGCAGACGAGCUCCAUCGGCAAGUUGAUCGCCUGAACAGCAAAUAUGGCUCUGACGACUAUGUGCCCAUUCACUUUCUUCACCAGUGCGUUCCGUUCGACGAGCUAAUGACCAUGUACGCCGCUUCCGACAUCUGCUUCGUUUCUUCGAUACGAGACGGCAUGAAUUUGGUGUCUUACGAGUACGUGGCGACUCAGAGGGCACGACGGGGUGUGCUGUUACUGUCGGAGUUUGCUGGUGCUGCUGAAGUCUUGAAAAGUAGCGUCCUAUUCAAUCCCUGGGACAUAGGUGGCACCGCCGAAGCACUCCACAGUGCGUUGACCAUGGGACCUCACGAUCGAGCUGUCAAGCACCGGGAAUCCGAAAAAUAUGUGAUGGAGAAUUCCAGUGCUGCAUGGGGCAAAUCCUUUGUUUCAGAUCUGCAGAAGGCGAGCGCCAGCUACCUCUCAUCCAUCUCCGACUCCCGGGAGGUUGCUUGCCACGGUUCGAAGAUGCCCUGGAAAGCCAACCCAUCUCCCGACUGUGGCCCAAUCUGGCGGAGGGGCAGCAUCCUUUUACGACGCGAGACGAGCUAGAGCCCGAGCAGGAUGCCAGUUCACGAUACUCGAUGAUGAACUGCUCUCACAUGUCACGGGGUAAAAGGACCAGUGGACGUUUGACAUUCUUCAAUCUGUGGCCAGGAUGGAAGGAUUCGCGGAAGUAUAGCCGUAACACGAGCAGGUGCCGAUACGGGUCAGGAUUUUGACAUAAUAAUGGGAGGUGGAUGAAGAAAGGUCUGGCGUAUUAGACAAAACGAACAAGGGUUCUUGCUCGCAUGGCGCCAAGGUGUCAGGGGAUUGGAACAUGCCUGCAGCGUUAUCUAGAAUUGGAGGUCUCGGACAAUUUUCUGAUGGUAUGGGGUGUCUGAGCCCGUUGAUAGGCUAUGGCUCACUGCAGGGCACCGGCUGCAAAUGGCCUGAAUGGGCGUGGCGUUGGUGGACAACUUGGUAAGUCUGUUUCACUCCCGAACGUCCAACUUCGAAGGUUCCUUUAAGUCGAACAAACCGAUUCCAGUUUCUUUUG